AUGGAGGGCGAUACCAGGAGCCUUCCAACAGAUCCCAAAGCGGGGCUGGUCCCGGGUGUAAAAGGCCGCGAGGGCAUACCUGACUGCGAGCCUCGCAAUAGCGCGGAAAGAGUCAGCUCAUCCAGCCGGUCCACAGCUGAGUCCUGGGUGUCACGAGAGCAACUCCAGGAGCUGAGUGGAGGGGAGGAGACUGAGGAGGACAAGGACGACUCUCAAGACGCGAAAAGGGCAGGCCUCGCACGGUCUCCUCCGAUAAAACGGGGUGCCGCGGUGUCCAUCGACGUCGCAGACAUUCCGGCGAAGCGCCGACGGAAGCUGCCUCCGGGAGCACGUGUCAUGUUCAACGACGAGGUGGAUGAAAUUGAUCCGGACUUCGGCAUCGCGGGCGGACAGUGA